AACUUUUAUUGCAUUUUGAAAAUGUUUGCAUAUUUUCCAGCAACUUGGUUUUGGUAUAUAUUCGCUGGUAGAAUCGUUGAAACCAACAGAAAACAACAGACUUUCAAACUGAAACAACCAUCAAUCCAAUUAAACUACAAGAUGCGUGUAUUUUUGGUUCUGUGCUCCGUCGUCUCGGUGACAUACGCAGCCAGUCUUGGCUACAACUACAAUGGCCCAGCGUUCGGUGGCCAAAUUAGCGGCCCCAGCUAUGGUGGUCAGGCUCUAGGCGGCCCCAGUUAUGGCGGUCAAGCUCUAGGUGGUCCAAGUUACGGUGGACAAGUUUCAGCUGGUCCCAGCUUCGGCGGUUUUGCUCCAGCUGCCCCUAGCUAUAGCGCUCCAGCACCUGCUCCAGUUCAAGCUGAGGUUAACAAGGAAUUCUUCACUUACACAGCACCCGAACAUGAGUUCAGUGAUAUCGGCAAUGCCGGUGAUUUCGCUAACUCCCUCAAGAAGAACUUGCGUGUUAUCUUUAUUAAGGGACCUCAAAACUCUGGACUCGAGAACGCUGCUCUGCAAUUGGCUAAAUCUGCUGGCGAAGAACGCACUGCCAUCUAUGUGCUCAACAAACAAGCUGACAUCGGCGAUUUGGCUAAUAAACUGAAUUCUCUCAACAAUCAAAACUCCCACAAACCCGAAGUACACUUCGUCAAGUACCGUACCCAAGCCGAUGCUGAGAACGCCAAGCAAGCUAUUCAGUCUCAAUACGAUGGUUUGGGCGGUAACACUAGCCGUUACAAUGGUGGUGUUGCACCAGUGUUGAACUUCGCUUCGCAGCCACAGGCACCAGUCGCUAACGUGGAGAACACCUACUUGCCACCAAACCAAGUGUAAAUACUCGUGUCGAUGUACACCGUUUGGCGAGUUGUUAUUUAGUUCUUAAAGUUCCUGUUCAUUUUUGUUAAAUCUAACCAAAAAUACGUAAAUAAAAAUUUAGUUUAAUUAACUUCAUGUAA